GGGCCGCUCUGCCGGGAGAAAGCGGGGCGCCGGCGUCGGAUGCCUGCGUUACGCCACGCCGCUGCUGCUGUUGAGGCCUGGGCUCUGCUGGAGGUGGUGACGGAGACGGGAGGAGAAGAAGAGCGCCAGGGCAGCAGGAGGUGAGGGGGACAGAGCAAGCAGUAUGCUUUGACUGCAGAAAUGGGAAACAUGAAGAUGGCUUAUUACCUAUAUUAAAAUGGAUUAUUUAUUACUAAAGUAAAUAAGGUGCUGACAUCUGUUCUCCAGCUUCUACAUCUCUAUAAAAAUGAGUGAAGUACAAGCAAUGGUAGAAUUCUCUGUGGAGCUGCACAAAUUUUAUAAUGUGGAUUUGUUUCAAAGAGGCUUUUACCAGAUUCGUGUAUCUAUGAAGAUUCCUCCAAGAGUUCCACAUAAAAUUGAAGCAAGCUUACUACGUGCGGCCACUGCUGAUCUUGCCUUUCCAGCAUCAGCCCAUGACAAUGUAAUCUGCAGUAAAACCUUUCAAAUUCUCUAUAAAAAUGAAGAAGUGUCUGUGAAUGAUGUUAUGAUCUUCAAAGUCAAAAUGCUGUUGGAUGAAAGGAAGAUUGAAGAGUCUCUUAAUGAAAUGAAUUUCAUGCUGUCUUUAGACCUACACUUUACAGAUACAGAUUAUUCGCCAGAAGAUCUGAACACCUUGCAGCUAAUUAGCAGCCGAACACUAAAGUUGCACUUUACCUUACAACGAGGCCUUCAUCACUACGUCAAUGUCAUGUUUGAUUACUUUCACCUCUCUGUCAUCUCUGUUAUAGUCCAUGCCUCUUUAGUUGCUCUACAUCAGCCACUGAUAAGCUUUCCUCGCCCAACCAAGAAUACUUGGCUAAACAGAAAUGCACCAACACAGAACAGGGAUUCUGUGAUUCCAUCGCUUGAAAGCGUUGUCUUUGGCAACAGUUACACUAAACAGUUAACAGCUGAUGGCUGCAGUUUUGUAGUAGCAGAACCUUUCUUGAAUCACGCUUACAAUCUCCACCGUACCCUUUGUGCCAGUUUGCUACUAGCAUUCAAAGGAUUGCACAGCUAUUUCACCACUUUAUCAAAAGAACUGCCUUCCUGUCAGAAAUUAGAUGCAGCCCAGUCCAGCAUGCAGGUGCUUUAUGAACGCCUUCUCAGAAGAAAAUAUCUACGAAUCCAGGGAGACGCAUAUCUAGAAAACAUAGAUGUAGAUGUAGAAGUACGCCUGACAGAACUCUGUGACGACUUAAAGAAAAUGGAAAAUCCUGAUGAACUGGCAGAGCUUAUAAAUAUGAACCUUGCUCAGCUGUGUUCACUUCUGAUGGCUCUCUGGGGACAAUUUCUUGAGGCUGUUAACUGUCAAGAGGAUGUCACUGCAUUACUAGCACAAGAACAUCACAUGAUGCGUGUGCGUAGAUUUUCUGAAGCAUUUUUUUGUCUUGAACAUCCAAGGGAGGCAGCUCUUGCAUAUCAGGAACUACAUGCCCAGAGUUACCUUCAGAUGUGUACUGCAAUAAAGAACACAUCCUUCUGUAGUUCUCUUCCCCCUCUUCCGAUUGAAUGCAGUGAAUUGGAUGGCGAUCUGAAUUCUUUGCCUAUAAUUUUUGAAGAUCGAUAUGUGGAUUCCAUCACUGAAGAGAUGGAUGUACCCUGGUCUGCAGCUCAUCAGAAGUCUGACUUCAAGAAAUCAGAUAAACUGGAUACUGAAGAAGGUUCUAUGGUUGGCUUUUCUAGCCCAGAGUUGAAAAAUACAUCUUUAGUUGUCUCCCACACUUGGCAGUCAGAAAGUGAAAAGCAGUUUAUGAAGUCUACAAAGGGGAAAUGUGAAGAUACAAACAAGUCCAAAGUUAAAGUUCCCAAAUUGAUGAAAACAAUGAAACCUGAAAAUCCAAAAAAAAUUGUAAAACAAAAUUCUAAGGAUUCUGUUGUCUUGGUAGGUUACAAAUGCUUAAAAACGGCAGCAACGGAUGACAUCUCUAAGUACUUUGAAGGAAUUCCUUCAUGUAAUCAGAAAGAAGGGGUGGAUAUUACAGUUGGUAGGCCUACUUUUGAUGCAAAGAAUGUCGUGCGGCAAAUCAGUCAGAAAGAAUACACAAGUUUAUCACAUAGACCUGAGCAAAUUGCCACCAAGCCAGAAGAAAAUCAGGAAAGCCCAUGUGGCUCUGCCAUUUCCCAGUGUGCAAAUUCAAUAACUUUUCAUAACAUUCCCCAGGAAGGGGUGGUGGAUACUCAUGAGAAAAGUAAUUUGGCACCCAGAGGUUCUGUUGAAGAUUCUAUUGGUCCAUCUGGAGUUAUCAAAAUAGAAGUGAAACCAUAUUGUAGGAAUAUGCACAGAGGAGAGAAAGUGUUUGUUCAUAUUGGAUCACGAACAGAAGUUUCACAGGGUAGAGUGUGUGGAGAAAACCUGCAGCAGUCUACAUUUGAAAGUUCAGAAUCUGAAAAGAAGCCUAAGUCAGAAGAAGAGGAACUGUUUCUUGAAAAGGAAGUUUUGCAAGAAGCAGACUUCCGACAUGAUAAAGAUUCCUUAGGAAAGGUUACAACUAACCAGUCCACUCUGUCAACAAAAGAAACUCCUGUCACUGUUGUAAGUGGAGAUGUACUUAAGUUGCCGGACAUUAGUGUUACCUAUGCAUCUUCCCGGUUUUCAGAUUCCGGUAUAGAAAGUGAACCAAGUUCUUUUGCAUUGCACCCAGGUGCAGAGGUGGCUUUUGAAACUCCUCAAGGCCAAAGUGCAUGUAGCAGUGAGAGAAUGUUUCCUCAGCUUUUAAUCAAGCCAGAUUGCAAUAUUAAAAACCCAGUAGAGAGUCACUGUACUGAAAGUACAAGUGCUGUUAGUGAAAUACAGUCCUCCUUAACAUCAAUAAACUCUCUCCCUUCUGAUGAUGAUCUGUCCCCUGAUGAAAAUUCAAAGAUAUCUCUUGUACCUGAAUGCCAAUUAAGUGACAGCAAAACUAUAUUAGACCUGGGAGCAAUUGACUUGACAAAAUGUGAUGACAAUGAAGAAUCUGAUAUUGUGCCAUCACACUUUAUAGCAUGUUCAGAAGAGUCAGAUGAGACUACAUUUCUGCCUUCAUUGCCCUCAAAUAUAAAAGCACCGUUACAACUAGUUUCAGGUGGAGAUACAUGUACAAAUGUGAAUACCUGUAAUCCACAAUUGAAUAUUGAGACAAUUUAUAAAGAUUCCCAAAGGUUGGAGAGAGACAUGCGUACUGCAGAAAAAUCAAAUGAAACUCUUUCAGGAAUUGUUUAUUUAGGGGAGUCCUGUGUUGUUUCAGGUUCAGUGUCUACUUCUGCUGAGGGUAUUAUGAAGCCAAUUGAUGGAAAUCUUAAUGAAUCUUUGGAGGAAAAACAAAUGGCUGUCAAACUGACAACGGCAGAAAAUGAUAAUCUCACAGGUGUGAAUGUUCUCUCAUCAGAGGGCAGUACAGAUAUGCUGAAGCAAGGACUUGUAGAAAACUACUUUGGUUAUCAAAGCAGCGUGGAUAUUUCCAAUAUAUAUUCUUCUGUCAGUAACAAUCCUGUUAGCCCUCAGAGAGGAACAAUUUGUACCUUUUCACCAGAGGAGGAAAAGGAGGAGGAGGAGGAAGAGGAGGAGGAGGAGCAAAACCAAGACAUGGUUGAAAAUGGUUAUUUUGAGGAAACAGAUGAUAGUAAUUUAUAUGGAGCUACAGUUGAUUCCGAAGAGAAUUUUGGGCUGACAGAUGAGAAAGCUUUAAGAACAGAAAGAAUGACUAGUGAACUUUUUGGGAAUGCAACAAGUAUGACUCCACUGUAUUCUCCAGGUAGUUUGACCUUUCCCUCUACAUUGAAAGGAUACCCAUGUAAUGUGUUAUGGUCUUCAAAGGACAGAUCUAAUGCAGUUUUCAAGCAGCCCUGCAGCAUGUCCUGCAGUACAACAUCAUCUGUCCCCUGGUAUGAGUUCUUCCCCAAACCUCAAAUGCUUGCAUUCCUUAAUGCUAAAGAAGAACUGAAGCAACUUCACCUCCCUGGAUUUAUGUACAGUGAUAUAGCCAAACUGGCAUCUUCAGUACCUUAUUUUAGUGCAGAAGAGGAAGAAAGUACAGAAGAUGGAAUACAUCUUAUAGUUUGUGUACAUGGGCUGGAUGGCAAUAGUGCAGAUUUAAGAUUAGUAAAGACUUACAUUGAACUUGGCCUUCCUGGAAGUCGUAUAGAUUUCCUCAUGUCUGAGAGAAAUCAGAACGAUACAUUUGCUGAUUUUGAUUCAAUGACAGAUCGUCUUCUGGAUGAAAUAAUACAAUAUAUUCAAAUUUACAACCUAACAAUUUCAAAAAUCAGUUUUAUCGGGCAUUCAUUAGGAAACUUAAUAAUCCGCUCAGUGCUUACAAGGCCUAGGUUUAAAUAUUACCUCAACAAACUUUACACCUUCCUGUCUCUGUCUGGACCACAUCUUGGUACACUCUACAACAGCAGUGCUCUUGUCAAUACAGGUCUCUGGUUUAUGCAGAAGUGGAAGAAGUCAGGGUCCUUACUACAGUUGACCUGUCGAGAUCAUUCAGACCCUCGGCAAACCUUCUUGUACAAACUGAGUAGAAAGGCAGGUCUUCAGUAUUUCAGAAACAUAGUAUUAGUAGGAUCUCUUCAAGAUCGCUAUGUUCCUUAUCAUUCUGCACGCAUUGAGAUGUGUAAAACAGCUUUGAAAGAUAAACAGACAGGACCAAUAUAUGCUGAAAUGAUUCAGAAUCUGCUUCUGCCUGUUCUUCAAAACAAGGAAUGUUGUUUAGUUCGUUAUAAUGUGCAUUGUGCAUUGCCAAACACAGCUGAUUCUCUCAUCGGAAGAGCUGCACACAUUGCUGUUCUGGAUUCGGACAUAUUUUUGGAAAAGUUUUUCCUGGUUGCAGGCCUCAAAUAUUUCCAGUAGGAAGAAAAACAUCAUAACUGACUUGGCUAUUACCUCAUUAACAGAUGAUUCAAAUAAUGUGUGAUAUUAAAACUGUAGCUGCCGCUGUAUUUUAAGAGAUAUUUAUACUUUUUUAUAUGGAAGGUAAUUUAUAUCAUCCAUGUGAAGAGCUUUUUUAACAUCAGUUUUACUUUCUAGGUAAUGUGGCUGUGCAAUAUUUUUUUAAAAUGUUUGUUUUUACUUUUUUCUAUUUUUCUUAUUUUGGGUACCUAAUUAUUUCAGAACUGAGAUUCAAGCACAGUUAUGUACAGUUGGUAGGUCUGUUUGGCUCUUAGACUACAGAAGGUCAUGUUAUGUGAUGAAUUUUAACAAGUCUAAGAAGGUAUUAAAUUUAAUAGUUCUAUUUAGUAUUGUAGAAAGCUGAACUGGAAGAAAACUGCUGCUAAAAUAAUUACAAUAAUUAUAGGUCUGUUCAAGACCAUUCUUUUGAAUCACCUAUUAUAUCACUACAUUCUGUUUUCUAUAGAAUCAUUACUGAACAUGCUAUGCCUGUGGAUACAUUUUCCUACUGAUCUCAAUAGCAUGUUGGUUUACAUUUUCAUCUUUAUUACUGGAACUUUAGUUUUCAUAAGCAAGCAGCAAUUAAGGAUUUUUGAAUGUUCAAAUGUGAGCUGCCUUCGAAUGGAGUUUUGCUAAGUUUAAUAAAAUUGCUCUUAUUAUUGGUUCAAUUCUUCAGUGAACCUUUUACAUGGGACUUCCUUGUAUGUACAUUUUUAAAAAGCAAGUUAUAAAUUACUGCAAUACUUUUAUGAAUAUAGAUUUUUAAAUACUACAUUUUAUUGAACAAGAGACUAUUGUAAAUAGAAGUCAGUUGCAUCUUGAAAUUGAACAAAAUGGGAAACUUUACUGAUACUGAUAAAUGUUUUUAUUAUAUAGGAAUGGUUAAAGGUCUAUUGAAUUCUUAUUGGUGCUGAACAGCGUUAGGUUCAAUAUUGAACCCUUUUACUUGCUUCAAAAAGUAAUGCACUGGAAGUUGAAAAGAAGGUCUUGUGCAUUUACUAACUGUAAUGAUGAGAUAUUUUCAGAUAAUAUAAAUUUGUAUAUCUAGUGCAUGUUUAAUUUUUAGCGUUGUGUUACUGCAUCUUGCAUUAAUAAAUGGAAAAAGCUUCUAACAUACUGAGAGAAAGCAAUGUUUUGCUUUUUUUGGUGUGUUGAGGAGUAUAGUUUCAGAAUAUGGAAGGUUACUGUUUGGAUAUUUAUUCUUAGAAUUUUAUUGCAAGUGUGUUAAUAUCAUUCAGUUCAGUACUUUCGGAAUGAAUCUGUUCAAACAUCUGUUGCUCUAACAUAUGGUAUUUGUUUUUCAUUCUGUACAUAGACUUAAAAUCAUUUGCAGCACUUUACUGAAUUUUACUAAGGAUGAUGUAUUAAUAGACAUUGCUGCUUGUUCAUUUAUUUCACCUAGUGUACAGCAACCCAAUCUAUGCAUAUUUCCUCAAAAGUAAGCCCCCACCAAAUUAAGGAGUUAAGUUAUUGUGCCUAGGGUGCAACGUUGUUCUAUUACUAGUUGCAGUGCCUAUGUGUACUUAUGUAUAGUGAUUCACCAAAAAAAUGUGGUUCCUUGUAUAUGUAUUAAAAGAACAGUUCUAAGAUUGCAA